AUGGCGGUCCUGCAGCAGGGUGGCUUGCCGAUCCCCCGGCACGAGUUCGACAAUGUUCAGGCCGACGGCCGGCGCGCCCCGCGACGCCACGAGCGACAGUGGAAUGUAAUUUUUGGGCGCAUGGUCGAGCUCGUGGCGCGGUCGCCGACGCACGUGCACCGCGGGCUGAAGACGUUCUCGGCGAUCGACCGGGUCUUCACUGCAUGCCCGACGUGGCUCCUCAAGCAGACGUGGCAGCAGGCGGAGGCAGACGCGGACGGACGGAAACUGCAAGCCGAUUCCGCCGUCCCUCUUCGGAUGUCCGGCGCCCGGGAACUGAUCUCCGCCUACGCCGCGGCCGCGGCGCUUGACUCGUUCGCCGCUCACCCGCCGACGAUGCUGGAUCUGCACACCCGCAUCCUGCAGGAGGUCGGCGCCCGCAUGCGGGACAGGCGGCUUCAACGGGAACCGAACUCCAAGGCUUCGAGAGCCAUGGUGUUCCGAUGCAUGGCACGCUGCAUUUGGCGCCAGGACUACAACUUCGCGGCGCGGCUCAUCCACGUCCGCAGCUGGCUCUCCGAGUUCGUCGAGGUCCGCCCCGGGCGGGUGCUGCUGGUGGAUGGCGCGGCGUUCCACGCGGCCCACGACCGUGCCCAGCGCGCCGAUCUCCUGCGCCGGGAGGCGCGCCGUGGCCAGCUGGCCCCAGGCGGGCCCCCCUCCCCAGCCCAGGCUGGCCCUGCCGCGCCGGCGCCGUUGCGACAGCAGCUGGCGGGGCAGCGACGCGCCCACGAGCGGCGCAUGAAGCUCUGGUCGCCUUUCGGCAAGCGGGUGGUCAACACCCCCUCGGAGCGGGCAGCAGCGCUCGCGGCGCACCGGGCCCCCGUCUUCUCCAGCGUCACGCCCGUCGACGAGCGGGCCGCCCAGCGGUGCUUGGACCGCCUGUCGCCCCGUCUCGCGCCCGAGCAGCUGGCUGGCUGGGGCGCGGAGGAGGGCAGCAACGUGCUGGCGCACGCGCUGCGGUGGAUGACGCUCGGGAGGCCCAUAGGCGCUCGAUUCGCCCGAGCCCUCGCCGUCUUCCCCCCGAAAGGGACGAGGGAGGCUGACAAGGAUGGAGUAGUGCGCCCGGCUAGUGACGCCCGUCCUUUGGCCCUGAAGCAGUGCAGCAAUAAGGUGCUGGCGAGCGCCGUCCAUUUGGUGCUCGCCAAAAUCAUCGCCCCAGUGAUCUCCCCGAUCCAGCGCGGCUUCAUGCGCGGACGGAAUUUCCUGCACAAUGUUUUGGAUCUAGAUACGUUCUCCCACAUAGCGUCGUUCGGCCCUGAGGCCCUGAUGGUCCAGCCUUUGCUUUUGAGUUUCGACUUUGCUCAGGCGUUUGCGGCCCUCUCCCAAAGAUGGCUCUUUCUGUCGCUCCGGGCCCUUGGGCUCCCGAUCGGCAUCCUGUAUGUCCUCGCGAUGUUCUACUUCGAUGCCCAGAUGUUCGAGGAGUCGCACGCGGGGCUCACCUUCCUGUUCAUCGUAAACUCGGGCGUGCUGCAGGGCUGCCCUCUCAGCGGCGACCUCUACGCGAUCGGGACCAAUGUCUUCCUGAUCGACCUCGCCGCGUCCCUCGAGGAGCGCCGUCUGGGCAUCGCCAGGGCGUGCGCUGACGACCUUGGCGCCAUUGCGUAUGGCCCGCACGGCUGCCGGGUGCUAGCAAGGGUGCUGGGCCUCUGCCGCCGCCUGGCCGGCCUGACACUGAAGAUCUCGAAGCGCGCUGCCGCGUUGGCAUGCCUUGCCGCGGCCGACGCGGCCUGGGCAGCGUUCGACAUCGCGGAGCAGUUGCUGUACCUCAGCGUCAUUCUCGGUGUCAACGUGAGCCUGGAGACGCAAUGGGCCCCGCAGCUGGCGGCGUGGCGCGAGCGCGCCGGGGCAAUCUCGAAGACGGGUUCCUGCUUCUACACGGCGACGGCGCUGUAUCACCGGCACGCUAUCCCCGUGCUGGGCUACAAGGGCCAGCUCUUCCCGCUGCCGUGGAAUCUCACGCGCGACGAAAUGCAUAUCCACAGCCGCCUUUUUCAUUGGCCUGCCAACUCGCUCACCCGAGCGGAUUGGCACGUCCUGGAGGAUUUUGGCGCGCCCGCCCUGACCUCUGCCAACGUGUGCGUUGCUGCCGUGCGCCUGCGGGCGGUCUUGACCACGCUGGCGGGGUGGGAGGCCAACUUGACGCUGCUGCGCCGCUCGGCGAAGGCACACUUGCCGACCGCCGUUUCUGCGCAGGGGCGCUGCGCGGCAUCGUGGCGCAGCGACGCGCCUCUGGUCCUCCACCUGCGGGCGGCCUCGGAGGGCUUGAACGAUUCACCAAAGCUGUGCGCGGCGGGCCUGGCGGCGCUGGACCACGCGCGGGAGCUCCUGCAGUCCCGCUCCGCGGCCAUGGACGGCGGCUCCCUGGCGGCGCCCGGCGGCAAGCUGCGCCUGCAGGGGGCGCUCCUGCGAACGCUCCACACCAGCGUGUUCACCAACGACCUGGCCUCGACGAUGACCAGGCGGAUGAGGCGCUGGCAUCCCUCGGUGGAGACCCCCGAGGCGCUCGACUGGGAGGCGCUGGCCGGCGACCUCCGACGCUUGCCGCAAGCGUGGCGGAUGGCAUUACUGCGGACGUGGGCCAGGGCCUGGCCGACGGCGGCGCGACUCCAGUCGCGUGACGAACCGUGCAUCUUCGGCUGCCCGGCGGGGGCCGACUCCAUGGUGCACUAUGACGAGCGCCCGCGCCUCCGCGGCGCCGCAGAGAGAGCGCUGGGCCACGCGCUCGCCCCGUCUGCGCACGAGCGCCUGGCUCUAGACACUGGGGCCACGUCCCGCCCCGCAGCUUUUGCCCGCGCGCGCGAUAUCCCGCCAGGCGGCGGGCGAGAGAGAGACAUUACGAAGCAGGCCGAGGGCUUCGAGCACAUCGGCGAGGAGGGCGCGGCCUGGAGGAGGCUUGUGCUCAAGGCGAUCAAGAUCAAGAGGCUGCAAGGCUACUGGUCGCAGCUCGGACAGUACCUGAACUACGUGAAGAACGUGAGAGGUCGCUUCAGCGAGUGGUUGCAGAAGGUCAACAGUUACGUGAUCAGCGUGUUCGGGGUUGGCUUCAAAGCAGUGAUCGAGUGGGCAGUCGACCAGGCGAACGACUCAGUGGCUUUGACGACGGCGGCUGCGGUGGCCCAGUUCGUGGACGAGGCUAUCGACGGCGAAGAGGUCGACGCGAUAGACGAGAAGCUCUCCCAGCUCUACGCGCUGUCCAUUUCACUGACAGAGGGGGAGUCAUUCGGUCUCGUUGUGAGUGCAGGUCAAGUGAGAGGCGCAGAGGCUCUACGCUUGCUGGUGCGUCGAUGGGGCCCGACGAGUGGCGGGCGCCGCAGAGUGCUCCUGAAGAAGAUCAUGGCGCCCAACCGCGCGGCGAAGCUGGAGAACCUGGCAGGCGAGAUCGCGAAGUGGGAAGAGCUGAUCAGGCGUUGCGAGAGGGCGCGACUACGCGGCCGAGACGUUCGACCGGACGACGAGAUCAAGAUGAGUGCACUCGAGAGCUUGGUUUCGCAGGACGUCGAGCUCCACCUCGCCCUCAACCGCACGCGGCUGAACGACUACCCGGCCACGAGGGGGGAGGCGCGCAGCUUCCUGGGGGCCCGGCAGGCACUGGAGGCUCUCGGUCGAGCCCGAGGAGGUCCGAUGGAUGUGGAUGCGUUCGUCAAGGGGCACUCGAGGGGCAAGGGCGGCGAAGGCGACCUCGACAACUUCGAGGAGACGAACCGCACGGUCAGCACGCAGUUGCCGGCGUCGGCGUCACAGGUGAGCCCGAGCACCAGCUUGAGUUUCGACGCGUUCGAGAAGGUCGCAGAGCCCAACAGCGCGGAGGCCAAGCCCGACCGCAAGCACUACGGGAAGAUCAUCGCGACGACGUUCGACACGGGCGCGGCGGCCACAGCGUUUCCGCCUGGCCAGGAAGGCGACUGCACCGAGCCCGACGGCAACUACUACCGCAUUGCCACCGGCGAGAUCGUGCAGUUGAACUUGAAAGGCAGGCGCGCGAAUAUCAGGAAGCCGCUCCUGUCCGCCUUGGCCGCCGCGUCGAAGGGCCACUUCGCCUGGAUCGGGGCCUUCGGCGGCUACCUCUUGCAAGAGAGCGAGUUCACUAGGAAGAUCCUCCACGUGAUCGACGCCUGCGUGGCCGAGGAGAACAAGGGCAUCGUGCCGCUCUACUUACUGGACGGAAUUUGCAAGAUGGGCGCGCUGAUGGACGCGCCAGAGACGCGUCGUUUCCACGGGGCCAGCGAGCGCCCCGCAGCCAGCGGGCUCGCAGGCGUCGGGGCCGACCGUGAGAUCACCGACACCAGCGACGGGGAGUCGCGACCCACCAAAGCGGAGUUCGAGCAGCACGAGGCUACAGGACACGCUGCAUGUCGAGAUUGGCGCGAGGUCUGCUGCGCGGCCAGAGGUGUUGGACAACAGCAUGAGCUACAUGGAGACCCACGAGAAGGAGCAGACCCAGUGGCGUCGAUCGACUUCGCGUUCAUGGGCGAGAAGGCUGGCGAGGAAGAAGACCAGGAGGACAACUUCCCGAUGCUGGUCGCCAGAGACUCCAAGACGAAGCCCCCCUACUCGUCGGCGGUCCCUGGCAAGAAGGUCACCAACUUCACGGUCAAGAUCUUGAUGGGCGUCAUCUUGCAUCGGGGCUACCGCAGGCUGAUCGUCCAGAGCGAUGGAGAGGCGGCGAUUUCGGCGUUGAAGACGGCGGUCGCAGCGGCGCCACCCGCGGUGGAGUUCUCGCCGAGAGAGUCGCCGCCAGGAGCCGACGGAAUUUCUGCUGAACAGCGGUGGCUUGGUCGAGACUGGAAGAAGCUGGAGGCGGAGUUCGGAGGCGAGCGCGCGAUGCACAGGCCGCCCGCGCCAUCGGGAAGGAGGAGCGCCAUGAAGGGGCGCAUGAAGUCUGGGAACUUCCUGGGCUACCACAUGCGAACAGGCGCCCUACUCGCCACGGCGGUUGACGGGGUCGAGAAGGGGCAGGGUUUCAAGAGACUGCCGAAGGAGCGGGCUUGGGGCGGCAAAGAUUGGGAUGCUCUGUGCGGAGUGCCCUGGGCCACGCGCCCUGUAGAGGAGGCAGGCGCCACCCCUAGGACGCCUCUCGCGGCCGUCCCGAGCAUGGGGCCGCGAGCGCCGAGAGCGAGAUGCGCGCUGCGCCGCGACAUCGAGAAGUGCGGGGCGACGGCAGGACGCAUGGGCUGCCAGGAGCUGAUGCAGAAGGGCAAGACCAUGAGAGCGCACGCCGAGGGGUGUCGCGAGAGGAUCGCAGAGAUGAUGAAGGGGGACCCACAGGCGCGAUCAGGAAGCGCAGAGCUGCUCUACCCGAGCCAGGUCGAGCCACGCGAGUACGAGGUGGUCAUCAUGGAGCUCAGAGAGUUCGCCCGCAUCGACUACAGCGCGGAGGACAUGGAGAUGGAGAGGUUUGCUGAGAUGACGUUCAGGUUCGGCCUCGCACCUGGCCCGGCGGUGGACAUCGAGACAGGCUGGGAUCUACGACUACCAGCACAACGCAAAGCGCGCAUGGAGCAGUUGGCGAGGCAGGACCCACUGCUAACGGUAACCAGCCCACCGUGCACAUCAUUCACAAAUUUGCGGAAGUUCUCGGACGCGAAGCGUGAUCCGAAGGUCGUGGAGGCCGAGAUCUUGGAAGGCGAGACGCACCUCAAUCUCUGCAUGAGGAUCUGCAAGGAGCGUUACAAGGCAGAGAAGCUGUUUCUUCGCGAGGCGCCGUGGUCAGCGAGCAGCUGGUGCCGACCUAGCGUCCAGGGGGUUAUCAAGAUGGAGAACGUGUUCUUGCUCCAUGGGCCCAUGUGCCGCUGGCACAUGGAGGCGAUCGGUCCUGGCGGCAAGUCGGGCUUCGUUCGGAAUGUGACCGGGUGGUUCACCAAUAGUGAGUUGCUUGCGAACAUCGUCGAGGGCUACUGCGAAUGUCCUCAUCCCCACGAGGAGGAGUCAGAGGUGUUCGUCGAAUACCAGGACGACAACUUCAUCGACGACGUAACGGGCGACAUCCUCGACUGCGAGGGCGCCCAGGCCCACUUCUACGGCGACGUAAGGCGGGUAGUCUACGUGGAGCUACCCGAGGAGGAGACCUGCGAGGAUCCCGAGCCGGUGGUGGGCAAGCUAUUCAUGGCGACGCACGGCGCAGUCCUGUCACGCUAUGGCUUCAAGGUCACGGGAGUGAUGGGCAGCAGGGCGACGAGCGAGCAGAGCGCGGUCUACCUCAAUAGGAAGGUGAUCAGGGACCUGGGCCUGGAGAGUGCGAUGGAGGUCACCGCGUUGGCGGUGAAGCGCUCAGUUAUGGACGUCCUGAAAGUGGAUCGUGAAUCGCAGAAGUUCGACGACGAGAAGGCGAAGACCUACCGCAGCGUGACCAUGAGGGUGGCGUUCCGCAACGCUGAGCACGACGCCUCACUUCGUGAUCCGAGUUGCGUCGUCUGCGAGCUGUGCCUGCUCGCUCUGUGCACCAGGCGCUGCGGCCACAGAGGUUGUCGUGACUACUCCUGCCUGACGCUCGCCCUGCCCCGGAAUGGCUGUGGCCACGGUCUGCCGGCGCCGGGGCAGGCCGAGAACGCGGUGGUGACCAGGGGUGAGCUGAACAGAAUCAUCGGUGACAUCGUCAGGGAGGCGAUGCAGGGGAGAGAUUCUUCGGGCUCCACCUCCGCGGCUGCGGCCAGCUCCGGCGGCGCCGAGCGCCACGAGCGCCCGGAGCGCAACGAGAAGAAGGAUGAUCCGUGGCUCAACGGUGAUCCGUGGAAGGACGGCGCCAUCGACGGCUCCAGCGGCUGGCGAGACCAGUCGGGCUGGGGCGGCGACGAGCAGAAGGGCACCUGGCAGGACUGGACUGGCAAGUCCGGCAGCUGGCGGGAUUGGAAGGCUGAGGCCGACCGACCGCAGGGGACCCUGGCGGCGACGCUGGUGCUUGCGGUUCUCGGCGGCAAGAACUCGAAGGGCAAUCCCCCGAGGGCAGCGGAUGCGACGCAGGCCUUCCUGAGGGCUCGCCAGGCGCGCAUCAGAGGCGAGAGGGCUCCAGGAGAGCCGGACUCAGACGGGUACAUUUGGGACGACCCAGCCGACCCGUCGAUGGCUGCAGCACAAGCGCAGCUGGAGGACUUCGGCGAGAAGCUCGACACGAUCGAGGACCGCAUCCUCAACGCCGAGCAGGGCAUCGGACAACUCGGAUUCAUGCUUCAGCAGAUCGGCCCGGGCGUCGCAGCUCUACUUCAGCAACACGGCCUCCUGUCGACGCCUGGUGGCGCGGUCCAGGAAGACCCCUGGGUGGGCGGUCAGGCUGGUCCCGCAGGUGCCAGCGGCAGCGGCGGAUCACCAGGCUCUGGAGGGCCCGGGGCACCUCACCAGAGCCUCCAGGGAGGUGGACCACCGCUGUCUACUACGACGCCGCCUCUCGCCAGCGGAGACUCCGAGAUCGAGCUCUCCGAUGUGGGCGGCGGGGGCCAGGACACGACGCCUACGACAACGCCCUCGGAGGCAGCCAUGAGUCAGUCGCAGUGGUGGCCCCUUCCACCGAUCCCGGAGCAGCCCGAGAGUCAGCUCGAGCAAGACUCCUGGGAGGUGAUUGCCGAUCCGGAUCUCCCCUGGUGCAUCCGCGCCAAGGCCGAGGCCGGCCGGGCAGCCAGCAGCCCGCCGGACGUCAAGAGGGCUCGCCUCGACUCGGCGCCGCCCGAGUCGGCGGGGCCGGAUCCUUCCUACCCUUCAGUUCCAGGUCCGUCGUCCAGCUUCGAGCCGUCCCGGACCGUGGCCGAAAGAGUUCAGGACAUCGAGGACCGACGAGCGAGGCAUGUCGCGGUGCUCACGGACGUGCCGCGGUGCCGACUGGCAUGCCUUGGCGCUCACAGCUGCUCGGGGGCGCCGCGCGCGCCGGGCCCCGCCCCCGCGGCGUACCUCGGCGGCCCCGGCGGGGCGCACCGGCCGCCGGCCAGAGGCCAUGGGCGACCCGCCCGCCUGCGCCGCCGCUGGCUGCGACCGGCCGGGCACCAAGCUCUGCGGCCGGUGCGGCGCCGAGGCGUACUGCUCUGGCGAGUGCCAGCGCAAGGCGUGGAAGACCCACAAGGCAGUGUGCAGGCCAGCGGAUCCCGCCGAGACCGCCUUCCGAACGCUGCUCGGCGCGGGUGCGCUCUUCUCCGCGCGCGCUGCGCUGCAGGGGAUGGCCGCCCCGAGCAAGAAGCUGCAGGAGGAGCUGGAGGAGCGCAUAAGGAUGGGCACGGGCUCCGAGAUCGUCGGCGGCUCCCUGGAGCUCGGGCCUGUGGACGGCAUGGGCCGCGGCUACAUCGCGUCCCGGGACUUGUGCGCGGGGGAGCUGCUGCUGUUCGACACGGCGUUCGUGUCCGCGCCCAUCGACGGCAGCAAGGACCAACGCAACACGAUGAGGAAAAUGACGCUGACCGCGAGGAUGCGGACAAGGUGUGGAAGAGGAGGCGCACUUCAUCAUAGCCGAGCGGGCCAUGCGCACCGCGUCUGGGGGCCUCCGGAG